AUGGAAAACUUUCAUUUCUACCUCUCCAGCUGUGUCCUCCUGCUGGCCCUCGGCUGGCCCUCAGCCACUGGACUCCCGCUGCGCACGGACACAAGCCCCCAGUGCGCCCGGCUCUUCAGGGACCUCCUGCUGAACAUCACCGAGCUCCGGAACAACAGUAUCUUAUGCCACGGCAUCAUAUCGGAUAAGGUGGCGAUGAGGACAGCUGAGACAUCCCUGGCCUGCGCGCCCACUCUCACUGAGAACCCGGGCUGCACGAUGCAAAGAAAUUCAUCCUUUAGUAAGAGUGAAUGUUUGAGCAACAUCAUGAAGGACUUGAUUUACUAUGAAGCUGUUAUUAGCUCUUACCUCAAGACCCCGCUCAGAAGUCCUGAAGAAGAAGAAGCACUUCUGAGACCAACUCUGGGAACAAUAAAGAGCUUGAAGAACUGCUCCCUCAUGCCGAAUGAAGAGAAUGACUCCUCAGAGAAGGACGCUGCCCAGAUGUGGGGGGACAAUUCCUACGAUAACAGACAGGAGAUGUGCAAGAUGAUGAAGGGCUUCUACGUCCGAACCAUCACCAUCAACCGAGCUGUGAGCUACAUCACCUCGGGAGACCACAAGGAGUAA